GCCUGCCGCGCCGCGUGCCGCCGCCGCGCCGCCAGUGUCGCGGCCGCAGACAGCGCGGCGCCAGGCUCGCCGCAGCUCCGCGCCAGGCUCGCCGCAGCUCCGUGCCGACGUUCGCCGCCAGCGCUGACCAUGCUGGCAUUCACACAAGGCCCGUGGGUGCUGCUGCUGGCGGCGCUGUUGGGCGCUGGAGAGGCGGCACGCGCCGCCGGACCGCCCCGACCCGGAGCCUCCAGGAGUCACGGAGCCCUACCGACACCCCGCUUCGUGUGCAGUGCCGAGGAGCUGCGUGGGCCGCCUGUCAUGGUGCAUCUGACCGUCUCACCGCUCACAAAGCCUCGGUCCCGUGAGAUAGAAAUGAACUGGCGGCACACCGAGGAGUUUACUGAGCUAGGCAACGACACGGUGAUUCUGAGCCUGGGCGACCCGAGCUCUGGCAGCUCCCGGCGGCUGGUCUCUGUCGAGGUCAGCUCGCACCGCGGCGGCCGCUUCCGCACCAAGGAGAGGUUCGGCCACCGCGAGCUACCGCACGAGAACAUGGAGAACCGCUGCACAGAGUACUGGAUCGGCUACUACCGCGACGAGCGACUGCUGGCCAAAAACUGUCUCAAAGUGCUGCCCGCCUGGAUGUGGCAAAAUAGGGAGGUACUGGCGCCCAUGUCGCUGGAUCAGAUGAUGAUCCCCGGCACGCACAACAGCGGCACCUACAAACGCUCGCGGGACAUCGUCUUCAAGCUGGUGACCACGCAGGACGAGGACGUCUGGUCGCAGCUGGUGUUCGGCAAUCGCUACCUGGACAUGCGCGUCGGCUUCCGGCCCUCUGAACGCGACCCAUUCUGGGUGUACCACGACUUCUUCCCGGUGAGGCCCGUCAACAUUCUGAUAAAGCACGUGCGCUGGUUCCUCGAGUACACCAAGGAGGUGGUCAUCCUGCACUUCCACCGCUUCCCCGUCGGUUUCGACAACGCCAUGGUCCACACGCAGUUUGUGCAAUACCUGACCAUGGAGCUGGGCCAGUGGAUGUCGCCGCGGGUAUACGACGUCACCAUGGGCGAACUCUGGGCGUCCGACAAACGGCUCAUCAUCUCCUACAACGACUGGCCGACCCGACGACAGAACGAGUACCUCUGGCCGUCCAUACCGCAGGCAUGGGGCGACAAAAAGUCUGUGGCCAGCCUGUACGGGUUUCUGCGCGAGGAGAUGCGGCAGCGUUCCGGAGGACCGCAGUGGGCUGCCAUGGCCGAGCUGACGCCAUCGCCCUGGGACAUAAUCAUCCCGAACCGCGGCCUGCGGGACCUGGCGCAGAAGGCCAACUCGGAGGUGACCAAGUGGUUCCGCGACGAGUGGUGGCACACGGCCAGCGUCGUCGCCACAGACUUCUUCCUGGGCAACGACAUGAUCGACGUGGCCAUCGAGGCCAACAUCAAGCGCCGAAAGUGUGUGGCUGGACUGGUGUCGCAUCGAGGGCGUCGACUUCGUGGACGUCGCGGUAGGAGAAGGGCUAUCCUGGAGAAGGACACUCCUAGGAGUCAGCAUGACAACGAAUUGGCUCCCAGGCCAGCUCCGCAGGACCGGCCGGCUAAGAAAGAAGGGCCGGAGAUUCGAGAGCAAGGAAGGGACAUUCCGGAUGUCACGGAUUUUGGAGAUCACCCAGAUCGAAGUCUUCAGAACGUUGACGUUCCUACACCACCGUCACGUCGCAAGCCACAAAACGCUAGAGGCUUCGGUCACCAGUUGGAUAUGAGGCCCAAGAAUGACAGAGAACUUGUUCGACGUCCACGUCGGGUUAUGCAGAACCACAAUGUUUUUGAAAAUAGACGUAGCUGGAGCCCCCAAGACACCAAGAACACUAGCCCUCGCCUAGUCUGGACUCCAAAAUUGACCGAGGGACCUACCCGUCAGAAAGAUUCACGGUUAGCGAAAGGUCCGGAACCCCUCGACCGUCCGUCAGAUUGGAGGACGCGAAGUGCCGGAGACCCUGGCCGGCAGCCACAGUGGAAGGAAGAGGAGGCUGCCGCUCGUGACCAAACGGUACAGAGCUACGAGGACGGACACGACGCCUUCGACCUGUGGACGCAAGAGUCCGUGUUCACACCUUCGCUCGCGCGAAAGGCCCCAGAUCCCCAGCUCAAUGUCCAAACACGAUUGCGAAACCAACAGCCCACCAUUACCAACCAGCGUAGUUCGGUAAACCAGUUGUGGAGGCCAACUUCCACCGCAGACUGGAGAACUCACCAGUCCAGGUUCACUCCACGACUUCCGUGGUGGUCAAACACGAAUCCUGGGCUUGGAUCGAGCUCCAUGCCGAACUGGCGGAACCAGGGAGAGCUCAACCUCUCUGGGCAGUUUCCCUGGUGGACACACCAACCCUUCGGAAUCGGACAGGGACUGUAUUCACAGUGGCAGGGCACAGGCCUCGGCAUGUCACCUUCCUUCGGGGGUGGUCUAGGUAGCGGUGUAGGCCUAGGCGGCGGUCUAGGAAGCGGUUUAGGCAGCAGUCACCCGCUGGUGUCUCCUGCGGGAGGUAGGCUCGUCUAGCCUCUGGUACCGCGAGCUCGAAGGUGUUAUGUGUCCUGUUAUGCGCCUUAGGUACUCAGUCAGUCAGUAAGGAACGACAAGAGGCUAGAUUAGAUAAUAGAGGUGACAUGUUAAGGAGCUGUCUAUGUAACAAAUAAUAUCGUUUCAAGUGACGCGACACGAUGCGUACGGAUGUAUACCUACUCUCAGAUGAUGGAAGAGUCGUGUUGGCAAUAAUAUAGGAACGUAUACUAACAGCUGACUUUUUAGCGUUUAUCCACAGCGAUGAACGCCCAAUAGAAAUGAAAACGAAACGGCACUGCAUGACAAAAGUUUAGCGGA